AUGUCUCCCUCUCCUAAGUCAAAUUUGCCUCCUUCCGCUCAAAAAGUGCGCAACUGGAAGCAUGGUGCCCCGGUUAAGUCACUCAAGGCCAACAACGCAUUAGUGGCAGGUAGUCUUCCAAAUGCAAACUCUCGAGUCUGUAAGGUCUUGGCUACAUUCACUAGAAUGCUGUUAGAAUACGACCACAUAUCAAAAUCAUACCCUCUUGGACCUACCUGCAACGAACGCCUUCAACUAAGAUUUCUCAAUCAAGAAGCCACGAUGUCAGACCAGCGGAUCUUUGCCUUAGAACCAGAAGUUUUGACACAACUCACCAAUGAUUCCUCCAGACAAAGAGAAGUCUUCCUGGCUGAUCUUCGACAAUACGGUAUCGAACGCUUUACAUUUGACUGGGGCCUUAAGAAAGGCUGCCGCUGGAAUCAAGUGAUGUCGAUCUUAGUCAUCAAGCAUUGGAGACACGCCAAUAAGAGAGGAGAUUUUGGAAACCUACCAAUCAAUCCAGCACACACAACCUACACAACACUUGAGGGGAUGUUAACGCGCUGGAUUCGUGGAAGAGCAACUGAGAUUCGAUCAGGACAAAACACACCCGAAAAACUUCGGGCGGUUGAGAACAACAGGAAGAAGCGACUGUUAUUCAAAUAUCGUCGCGAUUCUUUUGUACGUCAUCUGGGUAAAGAGUCAUUAGACUUGAUACCAGAUGCCGAUUGUUGCUCUGAGACUGAGUGGGAACCUGAACAACUGGACCAGAAGAAAGUGGGUCUGGUUUGGCGAAGUCAACAAUACCGAUCUCUCAUGCAUCGUGUUGAUCGUCUUUCAUACGAAUACAAAGCACAACUCGAUGGGAUACUAUUAGCCACUCAACGAUUUGAUCAGUGUCGUGUGGAAGAGUCGUAUAACAAUCCAAAUGCGGCAGUUUGCUGCGGCCUUCCUCAAAAUUGUUACGAUCAAGUCUGGUAUAAUAGUCUGGAUGAUGAUAAAAAGGUCAAACUCAAGGCUCAACCAGCUUCAGAAAUUCUCAACACUCUCGCCACCCGAAUUGAACAACUGUUGAUUCCAAAAUCAUAG